AUGACAGUGAGAGAUAUGAGCACUUCUACACUGGAACCUUGGACAGGCAAUCAUUGGUGGGAUAUUCAAUCAUGGUUACCCAGUCAUGUGGAUAACAUGGUCCCAUUCGCAUUUAUAAUUUAUGCUGACAAGAUGUGGCUAUCAUCCCAUGGUACUGUCAAGGGCUACCCUGUUGUAGCACAUUGUGCAAACCUCCCAGUUCAUGUUCGCAAUGGUGAGCAAUAUGGCAGUGGCUGCAUCGUUGGCUGGCUUCUGAUUGUUCCUGAGCUUGCAAAAGAAGAGGGAAAGACUGGCUAUGCAAACUUCAAAUGUGUCAUCUGGCAUACAGCAUUUUUUCAGCUCCUUGAGAAGGUUGCAGAGCUCUCAAAGGUCGGUUAUCUUCAUGAAUGCUAUGACAAGGUUCUCUGCUGGCUCUUCCCACUUGUCCUUAUCCUGUCUGCCAACUAUGAAGAACUCUGUGUGAUGACCCUUAUACGAGGCACGAAGUCCAAGUGCCCUUGCCUGUUUUGUCUGGUCCCCUUGGAGCAGCUUUGGGAUCUGAAGAAGACAUAUGAAAUGCGUACUACUGAGCAACACAAAAGAGUGCUGGCAUUAUUCAAGGAGAAGAAGACAGUUGGUGAGAAGAAACUGAAGUCCCUCAGGUUACAUCCUGUCAAGAACGCUUUUUGGUCAGUAGAACAUUCAGAGCCUGAACAGGCUGCCAGUUUUGAGCCGCUUCACUCCCUGCAUGGUGGCAUGGGAGGCAAGCACAUCCAUGGGGAACUCAGGAUUGUUGUCAGUGAGCUUGGCCGUGAUUCCAAGACAUGUUUAGAAGCACAAGUUUCUGCCUUUCCCCAUUGGCAAGGCCUCGCACAUUUUGAUACAGUGAUUCACAUCACGUUUUCUGAUGGAAAUAAAAUGCGAGAUCUCACCAGGCAAUGUUUCUAUGCCUCCCUCAACAUUUUGACGCCGAUGAUGUCUCAAGCUGGGUAUCAGUUACUUCAUAUGAUCAGUAGCUACCUGCAACUCGAUACCCUCAUUGGACUUGAUGUGCACACCGAGAAGACUCUUGGUAUGAUCAAAGAUGAACUUCUCAUCUUCAGGGAUGAACUAAAGGAUAAUUGGAACUUUCCGAAGGCACAUCUCUGGAAGCACGUUACCCGUGACAUUCAAAGCAAAGGCGUUGUUCGUAACUACAGUGCCUGGCCCAAUGAGAAAAUGCAUGGCCCGCUCAAAGACGCAUACCAGGAUCACUCAAAUGGAAAGGAUACUGCAGGGCAGAUUCUCCAUGUUGACCACCACCGACUUGCAACCAAACUCAUUCAGGCACGCAUCAAUGCAGAAAACGAGUGUGUUAACGAUGCUACUGAUGACGACAAGGACCACAACACAGUACUCGAAGGGAAUGCCAAGCUCAGCGCACCCCAGCAGACUCACUCACUCUCUGAUGUUGAGAACACUAACCAAAAUGACCAGGCAUUUGAUGGAUUCCAUCAAAAGCUAGAAACUUUCCUCAACACUUGCCUCCUGACUUAUGGGUUCCCCCUUGACAAGUGGAUACAAUUACAAGGAACACAUACAAUCCAGGAGUAUCGAUAUUUGAAGGUCCAGUAUGCUUCAAUGGUGGACUGGGAGGUCACCAUGAACUACCUCCGAUGUAAUCCAAGUUUCCAUGGUCGGCCACGAUAUGAUGGCACCCUCAUUCAGCUUUUGGAGACCAAGACUGCUUUCGUUCAGCUCAUAUUCAUGUUCACUUGUAAGGUUGCAGUGUUCGAAGACACUUUUCAGUUUGCCCUUGUUCAGCUGCUCACUGCUGGGACUGGAGUGCACAGGUUGAACCAAGAUCUUCAACUUGUUCAAGUCAAAGCUGUAUCUCGUGCAGCGUCAAUAUUCAUUCCUGUGAAGUCGAUCAUUCGAGGCACAUUGCUUUACCUGGAUCUGAGCCACCAUGGCAAGUUUUUGGUUGUUGAACACACUGAUGGAGACAUGUUCCUUCGCAUGAGGGAAUGGAUUCAGACCCGGCCCCAAGCAUGGUUGCCAGGGAGUGACCACAUGGCAUUGCAGCGAUGGAAGAGUCAAUGA